CACUAAGCUCUAAGUUUUCCUAACUAAAAUUAAUUUGCACUCUUAAAUUUCUACCAAGUAAUAUUUCCCUCCGAGCCCUAAUUAUAAAACCCUCUCCUCCCUCCACCACAACAUAUCAAACAAGUAGUUGCAAUCAAAAAGAAAAUACAUAAACACUCGUUCGAAAACCCUUCAUCUUUCUAACAUUUUUUCCAAAGCAAAACACUUACACUAAAAGCAUGGUGAAGCUGCUUCUUAUCUCCUUUCCAAUCCUACUUAUCUUCUUCUACCACUGCACUGGAACAAAUGCUGUCGUUCGCUCUCGGGCUCAGUCCCCUUCAGAGGCACAAGCACCCGCCAAAACAUCGCCUCAAGCACCGGCUCAAACACCAAUUGACCAGCCUCUUGUUCAAGCUCCGUCCCUAGUUCCUCUGGUUCCAGCCCCACCGCCUAAAACACCUGAACCAGCUGGCCCCAAUGUCACCAAAAUCCUUGAAAAAGCAGGCGGCUUCAGCGUCUUCGUCCGCCUCCUCAGGAAUACCCAAGUCAUUAAUCAGAUAGAAAAUCAGCUCAACAACUCUAAUUCCCUUACCAUCUUGGCCCCCAACAAUGCCGCAUUCUCGGGUCUCAAAUCCGGCACUCUCAAUUCUCUCAAUGCCGAGCAAAAGGUGCAGCUCCUACAGUUCCAUCUCCUCCCAACAUAUAUAGCGACCACAAAUUUCGAAACAGUGAGCAACCCGGUUCGUACACAAGCUAGCGAUACUUAUGACUAUCCUCUUAACAUUACCACCACCGGCAAUAUCGUUAACAUAUCCACCGGUCUUGUGAAUACCACCAUUUCCGGCACCGUGUAUUCGGACAAUCAGCUGGCUAUUUACAAGGUUGACAAAGUGCUUCUUCCUCUUGGCAUUUUCGCACCGACACCCAAGCCACCGGCACCUUCACCCACUCCGGUAAAAAAGCCGAAGAAGGAGGAGUCUUCAUCUUCUUCUUCAUCUUCAUCUUCAUUAUCAUCGAAUGAUGAAAUUCCGCCUGCCGCAGAGUUGAAUCUAUCUGAUGGUACUAGUCUCACCGGAAAUCGCAUAUCCAUUGCUGUGGCUGUGGUAGCUGCAAUUUUUCUGAGGUUUCAGUUUGAGUUUUCUCGUACUGUAUGAUUGUACUGGGAUUGGAUAUGGCUCCGGUGAACAUGCCACUUUGGCUGUUUUUGUUAGUAGUCCACUGAGUGGUUGAUUUCUUGCAUGUAUACCGGUUUUUUUUCAUGAGAUCUAUUUUAUUCCUUUCGCAUUGAUUUAUUAAUUUCCUUUCUUUUCUUUGCUCACAAAAAGGUCUUGCGGUGUCAAAUUUUAAGUGGGUAUCUAAUU